GCCGGGGGAAGGCUGCUUUUUUGAGUAGGGUUUGGGGCUGGUUGUAAGUGCUGUCGUGUCCUAGCUUUGGCUGUGUGCCCACUCGCCCCGCGCCCCGGCAGGAAGACCCGGGGCCCCCUCUCUCCAUCUGUCCUCUGUCUUCAGUCUCUCCCUCCAGACAAAUACAGGAACGAGCCUCCGUCCCCGAGCACUUCUAGCGGGGCUCGAAAGGGCUGAUCCAGCUGGGAACGUCGCAUUGCCGGUCCUAAAAGGAUUUUUCAUAUGCCGGCCAACAGGUCAAAAUUCUUCAGAACUCAGAGGUUUUAGAAAAUUCACAUUUCAAAUAUGGAUGAUGAUUCUAGACCUCUCCUCAUUUCUGAGGUGAAUAAUGAAGUAGAUCCUCAAGUUAUGAACAUCCAGUUUGAAGCAGCAGAUGUGAGGUCCAAAAGACCUUUUUAUGUGGAGCCCACAAACAUCAUCAGUGUGACUAGUGACACUCCGAGGGUCAGUGACCAUGCCUCUGCCAUGAACAAGCGAAUUCAUUACUACAGCAGACUCACAUCUCCAUCCGACAGGGCACUGAUUGCACCUGAUCAUGUGCUUCCAGCCCCUGAGGAUCUCUAUGUAUACAGUCCACUGGGUUCUGCCUUUAAAGUGGAAUGCUACACUGAUGGUUCUGGUAAAAACACCAGUUUGGUCACAAUUUUCAUGAUUUGGAAUACUAUGAUGGGAACAUCUAUACUAAGUAUUCCAUGGGCAGUCAAACAGGCUGGAUUUACCACUGGAAUCUGUAUCAUCAUUCUGAUGGGUCUUUUAACACUUUAUUGCUGCUACAGAGUAGUAAAAUCACGGACAAUGAUAUCUUCAUUAGAUACCACUAACUGGGAAUUUCCAGAUGUUUGCAAACAUUAUUUUGGCUCCUUUGGUCAGUGGUCUGGUCUCCUGUUUUCCCUGGUAUCUCUCAUUGGAGCCAUGAUAGUUUAUUGGGUGCUUAUGUCCAAUUUUCUUUUCAACACUGGAAAAUUCAUUUUCAAUUUUGUUCAUCAUAUUAACAUCACAGACGACAUCCUUAGUACUAACGGUACCAACCCAGUGAUUUGCCCACAGGCUGGAGAUGGUAGCCAACCUGACAACCACACCAUCGAAGUUUUCUCUGCCAACAGCACUGACUUCCAGCAAUUUGAAAAGUGGUGGAAUAAAUCCAGGACAGUGCCUUUUUACCUGGUAGGAUUACUCCUACCACUGCUCAACUUCAAGUCUCCAUCUUUUUUUGCAAAAUUUAACAUACUAGGCACUGUAUCAGUUGUCUAUUUGGUUUUCUUUGUCACCUUGAAGACUAUUCAGUUGGGUUUCCAUUUGGAAUUUCAUUGGUUUACAUCAACAGAGUUUUUUGUCCCAGAGAUCAGAGUUCAUUUUCCACAGUUGACUGGAGUACUCACUCUUGCUUUCUUCAUUCAUAACUGUGUUAUUACACUCCUAAAGAACAACAAGAGCCAGGAGAACAACGUAAGGGAUCUGUCCAUUGCUUAUUUCCUGGUGAUGUUAACAUACCUCUACAUCGGUAUCCUGGUUUUUGCUUCAUUUCCCUCUCCACCAUUAUCCAAAGAAUGCAUUGAGCAGAAUUUUUUAGACAACUUCCCGAGCAGUGACAUCUUGUCAUUCAUUGGAAGGAUAUUUCUGCUGUUCCAAAUGAUGACCGUGUACCCACUCCUGGGCUACUUGGCUCGAGUCCAACUAUUGGGAUAUAUCUUUGGUAAUGCUUACCCCAGUAUUUUCCAUGUGCUGGUUCUUAAUCUCAUUAUCGUGGGAGCUGGAGUGAGCAUGGCCUGUUUCUACCCAAACAUAGGAGGAAUCAUAAGAUACUCAGGAGCAACAUGUGGCCUGGCCUUUGUGUUCAUAUAUCCAUCUGUCAUCCACAUAAUAUCCCUGUACAGCGAGGACCGCCUGACGUGGCCCACACUGUUAGUCCAUGCCUUCAUCAUCAUGGUGGGCCUUGCCAACCUGGUAGCUCAGUUCUUUAUGUGAAAGCCCCAGUUGUUUGCUCCUAUUUCAUGAUGUUUUGAGCUUGUAUAACAGCUCAGUGUAAACUGAAUUGUAAAUGUUAAUUGUGAUUGAUAGGAUUUUGAAUGUCUUCAAGUGUAUUUGAAAAUAAGGGAAGAAGGGACCCAUUGACAGGGAUUUGUGUGUGUCUGUCAAGAGGGCAGAGUCUGAAAGAAAACAAGGUUUGUCUUCUUACCUCCUCUACAACUUUUACUCACUCAACUCUAGUUAUCUCUUCCAAAAUUGUCAAAAACCAGAUAAAAGAAAGAUUUGUUUUCCAGGCAGAAAUAGUUUUGUUAAGCCUUACACUAUUUGAUACUCUGUGAAACCUUGCUGUUCUGCAGACUUAGGCAUCCUUGAGUCCCUGGAUUCUUGUACAUGAACCUGUCACAGAACAGCACCUUUUUAAAUGAUCAGAGUUGCUACUCAGUGCUUGAGUGUCCUUGAAUCUUAGUUUGAGCUUGGUUAUUAAGCAUAGGAGUGACAGCUUGGCUAUGGGGACCUUAAAAAGUUCUUUUAACAGAAUUAUCUGUAAUUGUCCCCAAAUGCUAGUUGUUAAUUCUUGUCCAUCAAAUCUUUUGGGGAUGAGAUUUAGUCUCUUUUAUAAAUGUCUUUGAAUGUUUUGCAAUCCAUGAGAGAGCAAUUUAAGGUACUUUACUGCAUACAGCACAUUAGUGAAAAUAGUGAUUGCUGUGAAGGCCAUCAGAGACCACUUCAGCCUUACUUGGUGUCUUCACAAGAAAAACUUGGAGGCUUAGAACUUCAGAGCUCCAUGCUAGGCCAGGGUUAAAUGAUUUGUUUGUCAGUCACAUUCCUGAGGGUCAUUUUGUUUUUCCUGCUUUACAAAUCUUGUUCCUUUGCGGCUGGUAUUUUAUCCACAUGGAGUGGCUUCUUUUAUUUUUUUUCUUGCACAGUAACAUUCUAGCAUGUUACCUUAUUCUGAUUAAUUUAUAAUCUGCCCUUCCUCUGCUUCGAUUUCCAUUUUUAGCCUCUUCCUUUCAUGACUUAUUACCUACUUUAGGUUUUUUAGUUUCUCUUUUAAAAGAAGAGAACUAACUAAUAUCAGUCCAGUGACUGCAGCUUUUAGCAUGGCAUCAAGAUGUUCAAUGAAACCAUCACACUUGUCACCCUUCUUCUUUGGAAGGCCUUUGGAAAUGCUUUGCAGAGAUAGGCCAAGGCAGAUGUCAUUGAGUUUGAUGUCUGAAAGAAGCAGCUCUGAUUAUCAUAGAAAUUGCCUAGGAGUAAAGAGUAAAGUUUCAUAUAAAAAUGAAAGUACUAUUCACGUUAAAGGGAAUUAUACAGUUUACUUGCAUCAAGUUUAUUUUACAAAUACAGCUUUGAAAAAUUUAAGGGCAACUAAGGUGUUGAUAAAUCUUUCUAUUGUUUCUAUUUAGACCAUGACUGGAAAACCAAAUUAUCCAUUAUAUAUUGAGUAAUAAGUAUUUAUUGAGAGCAAGGUGCUAUACUGGGUACUCUAGGAGAUCCAGCUAUGAAUAAGAUGUUGGCCUGCCCUCAAGUAGCUCAUGUCUAAGGGGCAGAAUAAGACACACACAAAUAUCUGUAAUAGCUUAUAAGGUUUGAUAAGUGACUCAGGGAACAGUGCUGAAGGAAUUCCAAGAAGGAAGCCAGCCAUUGCUGUGGAUUGUCAGAGAAGGCUUCAUGGAGGAGGUUUGGUGUAGAGGGAGGUUGAACCAGGGCUUAACCUCCGAAUUCAUAGAAACUGUAGUGACUCUGACAUAAAUAGAGUCUGAAAUUUUCAGUCUUUCUUUUAGAACAGCCCAAAAACUUAGAAAAUUGGCCCCAAAUUGGAACACAUAUGUGAAACUUAAAUGGAACUGAUUUCAUUUAAUACUUACUGAGGGACAAGUUUUUUGAGAACCAUCUGUAUCUUUAUCAACUUUGUUGUACUCUUUACAUUUAAAUACCUCUUGCUUUUACCCACUAAUGUGAUUCCUGGGCAAAAAGCAUAAUACGGGAAAAUAAUAAUUAGUAAUAGAGUGGGUGUUACAUUUUUUAAAAGUACCAGCUAAGUUUAGUUUUGCAAAAACUUUAUUUAGGAGUCCACGUUUUAAAAACCCCAUUAACUUAUUACUCUGAGCUUAUUUAUAAGAGCAGGUAAUACAGAGGCUGGAUUGUUUUUUAAAAGCACUGUCCUUAUUUACACUCUUCAAAUUCAAACUUAACUUUUCAUGAUCUGGUCAUUCUUUUUUUAUUUUUUUUCUUUAAUCAGUUUUACCUCAGUUCAGGUGUCGAAAUUUAUUUCCAAGUCUGGGUGAUAACAUGCACAAUCUGUUGUUAUACUACUUUUGUGCUAGAGCAAAACUAAUCCUUACACACACACACACACACACACACACACACACAGAGCCAUACACCCCCUUCUGCCCCAACUGUUACCUACUUUCUGGUUAUCUGCUGAUUACAGAUAAUAUAAUAUGUAAUCAUACGUUGUGAACUAGCAUUGUAAGAACAUUACAAUCCAGAGUUCUCAAAUGUAAUUUAUUAUCUUUUUAUAUAUAAAAAAAAUUAAACCGAAAUUCUGGAGAACUAC